UUUUCGAGCUCUCAGUGAGCAGUGACUUUCAACUCAAUUCAAAAUUUACAAAAUUUACAAAAUUCUCGGUACGAAAUAUGCACAAGACCUGGAACAAGGCGUUCCACAAGCGCAAACUGUGGAGGACCGCAUCCAAGCCCGGGAAGCUGGUGUACUACAUGCAGCCGCUGGUCGAGCACUUGUUCGACACCUGGAUGCAACCACUGCCCUUCCCGACGCUGCUGAAGUUCCUCUACAGCUGCCUUCUGAUCUUCUUCAUAAUGCUCCCGAUGCUGUACCCACUGCUCGUCCUGCUCUCCUACUACGGCUUGUUCCAGUACGCGGCGCAGGAGCACUUCGGACUGGAGACGCCCGAGAACUGGGACCUCCUGGGCGCCACCACCAAGCUGUGGCGCUUCGAGGUGACCAACAGGAAGUACCUCCUGUUCGUGACCAUGUACAUCGAUAGGUAUCGCGUCGUCUUAACCGCCAUAUCUUCGACAGUCGACUAUAUGCGCGUGGCUCUGUACUUCGUCUUCAGCUGAGCCAGGAGCAAGCAUUUUUCGAUCCCUGUUUGGUUUAGUGGCUUAGUCCUUGGAGCAGCUAAUUUUGUGGUCAGCAUUUAGAAGGAGCUGUUUCAGAAGCAAAUGCUCUCUCUCUCAAUGAACUUAUCCAAUUAAAAGUUGGCCCUUGA